GGGAGGGAGGAGGGAGGAUGAGAGAGUGAGCGAGAGAGGGGGGGGACUCACUUCUCUUCCUCUGCAUUGCACAUGCAUCGGAGCCUCACUCCAGGCAGGACGCUUCUCCUCCUCCUCCUCCUCCUCCUCCUCCGCCUCUCGAUGCUGCAGUGAAGAGAGAAAAGGAGACGAAGAAGUUGAUUUGGGAUGAAAAUGAGAACAUAGCUCCUCUUGUUCUUCCUCUUUGCAUUUUUUCGGACAACCAGAAUGAGUCCCUUUCCCGUGCUUGUGAUCAUGUACGCCCUGGUGGCGUGGGCGGCGUCCAAGAGCGAGCGCGCCGUGCAGCUGCCCUGUGACUCGGGCCACUACACCGACGACGGCGAGUGCUGCCUGGAGUGUCCGCCCGGCGAGGGCGUGGUCAAGCCGUGCGGCGCCAAACAGACCGUCUGCGCGCAGUGUCUUGACAGCGAGACCUUCUCCGAGAACUACAGCCACACGGAGGAAUGCCACGCGUGCACCCAGUGCACGGGCCUGAUGCGCAUGGAGACCCCGUGCACCGACUCCAACGACGCCAUCUGCGCGUGCCGCUACAACUUCUACUUUGAGCAAUUGUCGGGACGCUGCGAGCCGUGCACGGUGUGCCCGGCCGGCCAGGGCGUCUACGCCCACUGCGACCACGACCACGACACCGUGUGCGAGGAGUGCGAGGACUUUACCUUCUCGGACCGCGACAGCCCGCUGGACCCCUGCCUGCCUUGCACCAUCUGCGACGACGAGACCGAGACCCAGCUGGCGCACUGCACGCCCGUCAGCGACUCGGUCUGCCACAAUCCCCUUCUGCCCACCUACUUCCCGUCCGUCUCCACCGAGACAGAGUCGACGUCACCCGCCUUCACCAACUACUUCCUCCCCGACGGUUCCGAGGGCCCGGCGCCGGGCGGCGAGAGCACCACGCCGGGCGCCGGCUCCCCGCGCUUCCUGGGCCACGGCUUCAACGAGAACCUCAUCCCCAUCUACUGCUCCAUCCUGGCUGCCGUGGUGGUGGGCCUGGUGGCCUACAUCGCCUUUAAAAGGUGGAACAGCUGCAAGCAGAACAAACAGGCGGCCAACAAUCGCGCUGCAGCGGCGGCGGCGGCGGCGGCGGCAGCGGAAGCAAACAACCAGACGGUGACGCCGGAGGGAGAAAAGCUGCACAGUGACAGCGGAAUCUCCGUGGACACUCAGAGUCUCCAGGAACAGCAGCAACAGGGGCAGGCCGACAUACAGCGCUCACGUACACAGGAACACAUAGUGGUGAGGGUGGACGGCGUAGCAGAGCCGGUCACGCUUCCUCCCGAAGUCUGAGAAAGAGGAGGAGGAGGAGGAAGAGGAAGGCCGCUUCAUUGAAGAAAGCAGCAGAGAGGCCACAUGGACCGGGUAUUGACCCCCAAGACCUCUUCUAGACUCUUCAUCCCUGCAUGCGGAGUCUCAUAGAACCACGUGCCUGGACUCUUAGCGUAUGGACUUAUGGAGCUCAAGAUUGAGUGCAUCUUAGCAGACACUCCACAAGCUCAUUUUGCCAACUUCCCGUUUUUUUUCUCCGUCCACUCGGCGAGGAUUUAGCCUUGAAACCCACCGGUGCCUGGAAGCAUCUUCCUUCGGAUUGGCUUUUUGUUUUCCCAAGUAUCCCGUCGCCGUGGUAACAGAACCGCUUUGGCUAAACUUCAUCCACUCCAGAUUCAUUUGUCAGUAAUGCUGACUCAGCAGGGUGUUUUUGUUUCCCCCCUUGCUGACCUGGCAUUGGCCAGCGAAGCCUUCAGCUACGCCAUGAAGUGAGCAGUGACCCUGAACGCAGCAGCAUCUUUUCAAUUGAAUGGACUCUCUGGCAAGGUGAACUCGGUGCUUUCAAGGAUUUCAAGGACACUGCUUUCACGGCCAAACUGGGCCCAGGGAUUCACUCUCACACUGCCACCGCGGCGGUGCCCAUUUGCCUUCAUGUGGAUGGAAUGAAAAAAUACGUCCAACCUGUUAACAACGGCCAGGCUCUUGGGAGUCAUCCUUUGAUUGACAGAAAUGAGGCGUUUUCCUCGUGCCUCAGUCCGUUUGGGAGACCUGCGGACAGGCAGGUAGCGAUUAGCGCUCAGUCGCGCCAUCAUCAUUCGCCCGCCCGCCCGCCCGCUCGUCAAGUGCGUAUGUGCGUGCGUCUUCUCCGCACCAGCAGCCGCUGACAUUUACUGUAUGGACAGGCUGAUAUGAAAGCCCUUCACUUCACUUCACUUCACAGGCAACCUUUUAUCACUUUAAUGUCAGUCCCUCCAGUGACGUAUGGACAUAAAUACCUUUGAAAGAUUAAAGGGUAAAAGUUGGUGGGAAAAGGGAUCCAUUUUUUGCUAACGGCUAACGCUCUCCGUCGUUUUGAAGAGGGUGGUCGGCGGGCGGGCAUACUCAAUGUUAUUUUUCGGAAGGCAAAUAAAUGGCCAUUAUUUUUCGGAAGGCAAACAAAUGGCCAUUUGCAGGACAACAAUUCCAAUUGAGAUGUGUUUCGAUGGCGCCUGCCAGACUUGUAGAAUUCAGCCACUUUGGUUUGGCAGCAUCCAAAUUGGUAUUGCCCGCGGACGAGCCAUGCUCAUCAAAUAGGAUGGCAAUACCACCCACCAUUUCCCAGCACUACUGCUGAAAGAUGGAGCUCUGAAUAAUAGCUAUAAGGGAGUCAUUAUAUCAGGCCGCCAACAUCUCCAUACAAUUAAGCGCCGUUAUUUGUCCGACACGGACCGACUUGUGACUCAUGCGCGGCCACGGUCAAGUUGGAAGCUGACAAGCGGCUCACGAGGG